UUCCUAUUUUUUCAAACAUCUCCCCCUUAAUAUUAAAAUGUAAACAAAUAAUAAACGUUUUUAAACAACAUGAGAGGUCCGGAAAAAUCGAAAUAUUUAGCCGAAGUUCUAGAAUCCGUUGCAAAUUCCGAAGAAAAAUUGAAAAAAGUUGAAUUCGAACUACGUAACAGAGUUUGUGGCUAUUAUAAACACAAUGAAGAAGUCAGUAUUGACGUGGAAUCUAUCCAUGGUAAGUUGGAAAAAGUUUCAAACAUUUGUGAACCAAGAUUUGAAAACAGAGAUCAGCCUGAAAAUGUACAAGCAUUUGAUUUAAUUUCUUGUAAUGUUAACAAGGUUGGGGGAAUUUCACAUGAGACUAGAAAUAAGGAGGUUUUAAUGAGUUUGGAAGCAAUGGAGUCAAUUUGUUCUGAUAGUAAAGAUAAAGAAACAUUAAAAGUUGAUGAAUCAAAAUUUGCAAAUAACAAUUUUUUCAGCAAUUUUGAAACAAGUGAUAGCAUGUCAAAUCCUUGCAAUGGAAAAAUUGGAGAAUUAUUAAAAAUUGAAGAACAAAAUCUUGAAAGUACUAAUGGAUAUGUCACUUUAAAAUCUGUAGCUCAUAAUCAUCUGCACAAUGGAGAUGAUGAAAAAGCAUUACAGAUUUAUUCAAUUCCACAAAUUGAUAGACAAGAUGUUUUAAAUUACAAUGGAAAUUUGGAAAGUUUAGAUUUGAUUCCAAGGAGAGAUAAAAUAAAUUUACAAAAUUUAACUCUAGAAACAGGAACAACUGAAGCAAUUGACUUGAUUCCUAGGCAUGAUAGUGAUGGAAAUGAUCUACAAAUCAAAGAAGAUUCUAGAAUAAAUCAAGUUAUCAAUUUAGAACCGAUUGUUGAACCAACUUCUCAAAUUCACGUUGGAGAUGAAGAAAUAUCAGAAUCUCUAGAACAAAAAUCAGAGACUGAUCACAAAAAGAAAAUACCAAACAAUAAUAUAAAAGUGCUGGUGGAUAAAAUACAUUCUGCCGUAGAAUGCCGACUGAAACAGUGUCUGGAACCAUACCGAUCUAGAAAGCAAAGAGGUCCGUUCACACUAAAGAAAAUAGAUACAGAAAAACAUUUGAUGGAUGGAAUUGACAAGAAUAGUUUUGGAGAUGGUUUAAAAAAAUCAAAUUCUGAAAAUGGUGGUGGAAUGGAAUUUGUUGAAAAAUUGUUUGCCAGCUAUUAUCAGAGGGAAAGAGAUAGAAAAGAAGACACAGAGAUAGAGAGAGAAAAUGACAAAAGUCAAAAACUUUCCAGAAUUUUGGAUAAAAUUGCUUCAAAAGGUUUAGAAAAACUACUGCAGGGAAGUCAUCAUAUUAAUAACUUGACAGAUGAGAUCAAGAUGAAGAAAAAUGAGAAAAUUGAAGAUAAAUUCGAAAGUACUGAGGGAAAUAUGACAGCGACAAAUACAAAUGAUAAAAAAAUUACAACUGAUGGAACAAAGAAAGAAAAUCUGAUAUUGAAUAAAGAUGGAAAUGGAGGUGGAUUAAAGAGAGAACAACAUAGAAAUAGAAAAACGAAAAGUAAGAAGUAUGAAAACUAUUUGCCUACUAUUGGAGAAAAAGGUGAAAGCAGUUAUGAAAAUGAACGCGGAAAUAAAAAGAACAGGAGAGAAGAUGUCCGAAGCAACAAGAAAGAUAGAGCAAAGAAAUUUGUGGAAAAAAUAAAGUCACCUUACAAACCUGCACAGGAUGAUAAGAAGAUGAAUAGAUGUUUAAAAACUGGAGGAAAUAAAAUGAAAAUUAUUGAGAAGGGUGUCAAAGAAAUUAGAAAAAUUAAGAAGAGUCCUUAUUCGAAGUCUUUUGAUAUUGGAAAGAGAAAAAUGCAGGGUGAACCAAUAAGAAAGAGAGUGAUAAAGAAAGGAUGUAAGAAGAAAAGGGUCAACAAGAUGACAAAUGAAGAAAAUGAUGAAGAAGACUCAAAAAUAGUUUGUAUAUCACUAAAAAAUCAGGGGAAGGAAGAGGGUAAUAAUGAGAAACAAAACACAAACGAAAUGUUUGAUAUUAUAAAAGAGCUAGUUUUCAGAAAGAAUAACGUGCAGGAGAAGGUAAAAUCCAAGAAAAAGAAACAGAAAAAGAGAAAAGAGAAGGAGGAGGGAAAAGAGAAAGAAGAGAAGAACGUAAGAAAAAAGAAAAUUGACAAACCAGUGUGGUUAGUGCCAGACGGGCAUCCUGAUGGUUUUCAACCCCCAAAAACUAAACAUCGCAUGAGUGCGCAUAAAUUGGAAAAUUUUUCUGAAGAAGACAAACAAAAUAAAAAUAGUUUGUCGAAUGAUAAAUUCAAAAGGCGCAAAGAGUUUGUCAUAUUUUUGGACGACAAACAAAAUAAUAUAUUCGGUACAAAAUCUGCGUUUAGAAUGCCUAUGAAAAACUGUUAGAUCCAGAAAAUAUCGUUCAAAUAAUGUCUAAGUUUACAAUGUUUUGAAACCAGGAAAUUGAGAAAACUGACACUGAGCAACUGAAAUUGUUGAACAUCAAAUUGAAGCAUAAAAAAUUGAUGUCAAAUAAUGAUGACUUGUUGGUAUUGAAAUUUAAAAUUGAAGAAACAUUUCAGAGGAAUCAAGAAAAGGCUAGUUGGAAUUCUUUAAAUUUUUGAAGAAUGAUAUUGCUUGAAAAAAAUUAAUAGAUCUUUAAAUAGUCAAGUAAACGUCAAAAUUCUGGAUUCAUCAAAAACCUCAAUUCGAAGUAAAAGAAAUUCAUUAUCAAGUUAAUAAGACAGAGUAGAAAUCAGCUAAAAAGUAAAAUUCAAUCCAAGCUCCCAUCUAAUUUAAAAAUGCAAUCCAAGUUCUAGGAGAGAAAAAGGCAAAAUACCAUUUGGAGAUAAAUAUGUUUGAAAUUUUAAUCAACGAAAUUUUGAUUACUAUUUCUAAUGCGAGGUGUUUACCUUUCACAAUUGAGUAAGAAAGUAGUAAUAUGGGCAAAAAGCUAUGUUGUGGUGAAUUAACAAUGAAACAUACUAAAUACCGGAUAAAAUUAUAAAUAUCUGAAAGAAUACUGAAAAUAUAAUAUUUAUAAAAGA